AUGCCGCCACAGUACUCGAAACCCGCAGUAUUCCUGCCGUUUGACAUCCUCCACCUCAUAUGCAGGCCAUUAACACAAUCUGACCGCCUCGCCUUUCUGCGAACCUGUCGAAGCUGGUAUACGGCCGGUUAUACACUGAUCCUCACCUCCAUGGACUUCAAAACCCCAGUGAUCGGAGAGCUUCCGAAAUAUAGCUACAACCGUCGAUGGAAAACACACGAAAGCUUGGAUUUGUUACCAAAAACUCUACACAUUACCGACCCAGUUCGUAAAAUCUAUUCGGGAUUAGACACCAGACUGGACAGACUUUUCGACACCAUAACUCGACUCAACAGAGACCUACCUUCGAUUUUCCCAGUACCCGUAAAUCUACUCGCCAACGUUCGCAACGUCCGAAUAAAUUGCCAACUUAUCGAUAUCCCCGGUCGGCAUUCAAACUCCUACGGAGUAACGCAUACUUGGGCUUUCAACCUUAUUCCCCAUAUUCUUAUGCAUUGUCCGAUGCUUGAUGAUAUGGAGGUUAAAGUCAAAUGCGCCUUGUAUAAUUACCCAGUGAUCCAAUAUCCGCACGACAUGGGUAUAUUGAUGCCUAUAAACUCGGGCACAAACCAGAUGCAGUUACGAAAUUCUGGUGGGGUUGAUGUCAGCGGGAACAGCUGGAUAUCCAAUCGUAACUGGGCUGAGUUCUUCUGGAUGGGGUUUACGGAGGAAUGGAAGGGUAAAAGACGGGAAAGGGGGUUAUCGAGGUUUUCGAUAACUUUGGCUGGACGGUCGUUGGUUUCGACAGCGUUCGUGUUCAGGAACGUUUGGUAUAUUUUACAUACUAUGGAUAUGCUUGAUAGGAUUGACGAACUUGAGGUUAGGGAUUUCCAUUAUGCAAGAUUGGGGCAAUAUUGUUCUCCUUCUUGGCUUAUCAUGGCAAUCCCGGGUUAUAUUAUUGAAGCAUCGGGGCUUCAAUUCAAAAGUGUAAAGAGAUUUUGGUUGGAAUGUGGGGAGCACCAGACGUGUGCAUUUAACUCGACUGCGUCACAAAUAUUGAAGACCACUUUUCCAAACCUUGAAAGUCUUUCUAUAGCGAAACUUGGAUUGUUUCUGCAAAAGGACUUUGGCUUUCUAGAUAGUCUGCCAAAUAUCAAACGGCUUAGUAUCACGGAGAAGAGUAGCCUAGACCUAGAAAACGACGAGAGUCCAGAUUCAAUGCAUUCCACAAACUUGCUUGUCGAUUGCAUGGAAUUAUUAUUACAUCCACCAGGUUUACAGAUGAUAGAAUGGAACCGCGGUGGGUACCAAAGAGCACGCUGCGAUAUCACUUGGGGGAACUCCAAACAGAUUCAAUUCGUGGACAUAUGGUUGACGAUCGGUGGAGAGAAAGUUUUAGUGGCAGAGAGGUAUGAUGGGUGGUAUUUUAGGGAAGAACUGUUUUAUGGGAUGGGAUCCGAGUCGAAAUGGGGAGAACUGUGGGCGCGGCGGUUUGUACAGGAUUCAAGGGUGGUGGCACCCUUCGAGUUUGAAGGCCGGGAUCGCGAUGAAGAAAUGCAUAUGCUUAGUGACGGGCCACCUGAAGCUAUUCCAUGGUGA